AUGGAGGAAAUCAAAGAUUUGAGACUUAUCGGUAUAGUGGGGUGUGUCUAUAGGGUUAUCUCGAAGGUCCUAGUUAGGAGGAUGCGAUCAAUGUUGCCGGCAUUAGUAGGGGAGACUCAGAGUGCAUUUGUAAAGGGAAGAAAAAUCCAUGACGGGACACUUAUUGCAUGUGAAACGGUAAACUGGCUCAAACUUACGAAAAAGGAGGCAGCAAUAAUCAAGCUAUAUUUCCAAAAAGCAUACGAUAGGAUCAAGUGGAGCUUUGUGGACUUUGUGCUACAACAGAUGGAGUUCGGACAGGUUUGGAGAGCAUGGGUAAUGGAGUGUGUGACCACUACUUCUAUUUGUGGAUGUACUACAUCGAAUGAUCGGAGAGGCGUUAGGAAUGGACGCAUAUCGCCUUUGUUGGUUGGUAGAGACAGCAUAGAAUUGUCACACCUUCAUUUCGCUGAUGAUACUAUCCUUUUCUGCCCACCAGAGGAGGAGACUAUUAAGAAUUACAAACGGUUGCUGAGGUGCUUUGAGUUGAUGUCAGGGCUUAGUAUCAAUUUUGAAAAGUCUAGCUUGAUUCCAAUCAAUUGUGAGGAGCAGUGGUCCUAG